AUGAAUAUUCUGUUUACCCUUCAUCAUAUAUGUAAUACAAGUAGUAUCAGCAUAUCCAAUGUAUACUCUAACAAUGCUAUGAACUGUUGUCUGUUACCAGUAGCCGGAAAUUGUUUUAACAUCAUCAUGCUUCUUAUUCAAAGUUAUAUUUAUUUUGAAAACAGGUAUGUUUCAAGAUAUGAGAACAUCCUUGUAUUCAUUUUGCUAAACUCGUAUAAUAAACUACUUAUUUUAGUUAGUAUGAAUAAAAUCCCUUCAAGACAACAAGCUGAAUCAUUUAAAAAGUUGAAUUCAGUCCGAAAAAUAUUUGACGUGAUGAAAAUCUAUUUGAAAUCUAAGGUUUAUGCUACCAAACAGCAUUCAUAA